AUGGGUUUGGAGGUUGUUAUAAAUGGAGCAGCAAAGGAAAUAGGAAGGGCUGAAGUAAUUGCAGUGACCAAAGCUAGAGGAAUGGAGGUGGCUGGUGCAGUGGAUUCCUAUUUUGUGGGAGAAGAUACAAGAAAGGUGUGUGAUAUGAAAGAGCCUUUAGAGAUUCCAAUCAUGAAUGAUCUCACUAUGGUUUUAGGUUCGAUAUCUCAUGUAACAUUUCAGUUCCAAUAUCUUUCUAAGUUGACAUUAACAGAACAUUCACCAUUGAUGCCAUACCAUUUUGAUAUCAAUGAAUUCUAUCAGUCAAAAGAAACUGGAGUCGUCAUUGAUUUUACCCAACCUUCAGCAUUUUACGACAAUGUAAAACAGACAACAGCAUUUGGUCUGAAAAGUGUGGUUUAUGUGCCUCGAAUAAAGGCUGACACAAUAUCGGCAUUAUCUGCAUUUUGCGAGAAAGCCAGCAUGGUGAGGGCAGGAGUUAUACCUGUUAUUGAAUGA